AGUUACCCAGCAGAUCGGUCACACGGUGGCAGAUCGAAAAACACAGGGAGAAGACAUGCCAUGUGCUUAGCUGCGAUCAGAUAACUAACGAUAUCUGCCCUUCAUUGCCUGAUUUCCUUUCUAUCAAAGUUCCAAGUUUUUUCCCCUAAAGAAACAAAAGCAACAAAAAGAAUCACUGAAGUAAGCUUUAUACGUCAACCCAAAACUCUAUGAACUUCCAUUUUGCUUUCACUCACUCACUUUAUCUUUUUUCUCUCACCAUAGCAACAAAUCCACACGUAAGUCCUAUAAAUCUCUUCUACACUUUGUAGGGAUCUGGGUCUCCUUUUCCUUCUCAAAAAAUUCAUGGUAUAUGUUGCUUUUGCUCUGUUGCACUCUCAUUUCAACUAAAGAGGUUCUACACUUAGUUUAAUGUUGCAGAUGUUACUGUAAUAGUUAAAUUUUUACAGUUGGACCCAGAUCUUGAAAUGGGUGCAUUUUAAAAUACUUCAAUGAUGCGCCUAAUACUCGAAUAAGGUGUACAUGUCCCAGAUCUUGAAAUGGGUAUCGGAUACUUUUUCUUAAAAAAGUUUGGUUUUAUUUCUUUUUAACUGGGCAGUUGAUAUCUGCUUCUGGGUGGUCAUUCUGUUCUUGAAAAUCGAAUUUAAAACAAAGUUGGGUUUGGGGUUUUGUUUCUUUUUGAGUAAAUCCAUCGAUGGCUUAUCCAUCUGAGCAUUAUGGGUUGUGUAGUAAUGGCGCUUUAAGGAUAGUUUUGGCGUUGGUGGCUACAUUCUUGGUUGGGUACAUCGUGAAACCCCAGCUGUACUCGAGGCAGAGUUCAAGUGCUCAAACUUCAUGUCCUUGUGAUUGUGAUUGCUCUGAAGAAUUUGCCUUUUCCUUACCAUUAGGAUUUGUCAACAGCUCAUAUGCAGACUGUGGCAACCACAAUCCAGAUGUACAAGAAGAAAUGGAGAAGGAUAUUGUAGCUUUACUAUCAGAGGAAAUUGAUUUGCAGAAAAGAGUGGCUAAUGAUUCUUUGGAGCACACCAGGACAUUAGUAAUGGAUGCUAGGAAAGCCUCUUUACACUAUCAGAAAGAAGCAGAAAAGUGCAAUGCUCAAACGGAAACUUGUGAAGGAGCAAGGGAAAGGGCUGAAGCAGAAUUAGUAGAGGAGUAUAAGCAUUCAGCAUUGUGGGAGAAACGUGCAAGAGAACUAGGAUGGGAAGAUAGCAGUAAAAUGUAUACAUGAUGCAAAAUUCUUUUUAAUUAAUAUUAGGAUUUGAUUUGCAAUUUGCAAAAUAGCUUGUAUAACUAGCGCGCAAGUUUAUUGUCAAUACUCCUGGAGAAUUGCCGUUAGGCUGCCUUUAAUGCGAAGGAAAUUAAACCAACGAAAUGGUUCUGUAUUUCAACCUCUGAUUAAAAUAUUUCCUUUUUAUUUCU